AUGGCGCUUCGUGGACGCGGUAAAGGCCGUGGGAGAGGUUGUACUAAUGCUCGUGUGCUGGAGAUUAACCCUAAUGACCUGGCUAUGGAGCGAGCACUACAAGCGCAGGUGGUGCCUGAAGGACAGCGUGUUGAGUUUGCUACCUAUUUGCUCACUGGUGAAGCAUCGCAUUGGUGGCAAGCUAGUGAGCUAGGCUUGAAGAUUGUAGUUUUAGGUUAUGACCUAAAGGUGUAUAAUGCUACUCAUGAAGCCAUGUUAGCUUUGCCAUUGACAAAGUUAACCCGCAAGGACACACCAUUUGUUUGGACUACCGAGUGUGAGGAGAGGUUUCAAGCAUUGAAGAAAAAGUUGACCACUACACCUGUGUUGGUGUUACCUGAGCUGAACGAACCAUUUGAGGUGUACUGUGAUGCCUCAUUAAAGGGUCUAGGGUGCAUGCUGAUGUAG